AUGAACACUAGACUGAAUUUACUUUUCGAAUCACAGACACAGUUGUGGAGUAAUGUGGUAGCUACUGUUUCCUUACAACCUGGACAAGAAAUACGGCAAGUAGAGAAUACCGGCAGAAAAGGGCAGGGACAUAGCCCACAAAUGAAGCAGCAAGAUAAUAUGGUCAUUUUUAAUACCCAGGAACCGAAUCGAAUGAUGCAUGUGCCACAUUCAUCAGAAGUGGGGGUUCGUGAACAGGAUGCGGUUACAGGUACUGUGCAAGCUGCUUUGGCUUUUAAUUCUAAACAGCAGGAAUGUUUCACCCGUACUAACGGUGCUACUAGUACGGCUCGUACAGCAGGAUUGAAUCAGAACAGUGACGUUUUAAUCACAGAAUGCAGAGCAAGGGAUUUUGUGAAUAAUGCUAACAAUGGUAAUAACAAUGGUAGUAAUGUUAACGUUAAUAAUGGUAGUAACGUUAAUGAGCUGCAAUCUUCCACAACUAAUGCAAAUACCAUGUUAAGGUUAGCAGAUCAAAUCCCAGAUUUGAAAAACUGGCUAACAAUGUCUAUAGGUUUAAAAAGAUCUGAACCAUUACAUAGGGAUGCAUUAAGUGAACAUGAUAAUAUGCUGGAAUUGUCCCAUUUAUUAAAUGAACUCGAUAGUAAAAUGUUGAAAUAUAAAAAAUUAAAUCUUGAAAUUGAAUAUUUCGAAGAAUGCAUUGGAGCAGAAAUAGUACCUAAGGGUUUGAGAACUUGGCGCUACCCUACGGGUUUAGAAGCUAACUCUGAUUUUCACAAAGAUUUGAUUAAGUUGUUCAACCUACAUGGUCUCCAGUUGAUGCAAGUAAUGAUUAAGCAUUAUUCUAGUUUAGCUAAAGAGUUGAAGGACAACAUAGAAAAACUUGAUGAAACUAUCAAACAGCAUAAGGACUACUCUAGAUACACAUUUGAUUAUUUGAGAUGCUUUCAGAGCAUAGAGAAACAUAUCGAUAAAAUGAGAUCGAUCAAAUUGAAGAAGUUGGAUAGGGAUAGAAAACAUUACAAAGAAGGCGUGGCAUUUCCAUCGCCGCCUCGGUCACAAUUAAGUAUGAAUGUACAGGAUGUAAACAAUGGAAACAACUAUCCAAAUAAUCACAAUCGAUAUGAAACAUCACAGCAAGAUAAUCAAUUGUACGAUUCAGUUUCGCUUUCUCCCGUAAACAACCAACAUGAUACGGCUGAUAAUAAUCAGGUGAGAAGAAGUGAGAGAAUAAAGGAAAGAAAUAAUGUACCUAAUGGAGGGUCCUUCAGUAAUGAAGGAUCGAACACCACAAAUCAGGUUUUUCCCAAGAGAAACCAGAGGGGCCAAUGGAACAACAAGAAGAAAAAUCGGAACAACAGGAGAUGA